AGGAGGUCACAGGUUCAAGCUUUAGAAACAACCCUUGCAUAAAUGUAAGGUGAGGUUGCGUACAAUACAUCUUUGUGGUGUGACCCUUUCGUGGACCCUGCGCAUAGCAGGAGCUUUAGUGCACCGGGGCUUACCUUAUGGUUACGCUUUGGCCAUCAAUGCUAUCCAGUGUUGGUUCCGCCACCCAGAAUGUAGACUCGAGGUGUGACACAUGUUUUGCAAGGAGAAUAGAUAUAAGUUGUAUAAGCUCAACAUUACCAGUUUGAAUUUACAUUUUUUCAUUUUUUUUUUUUGCAAGCAGACACUUUUAUUAUAAUUUUUAUAAAACAUCUAUUCUAAAACUACCAGAAAGUUUAGGUUAAUAUUGCACCAUGGAUCAUAGGGUAGGUCAAUGUUAAAAGACUAACAUGUGUUUCUUGUUUAUAAUUUAUUGAAGUAAAGCAUCUAGUACUCUGAACUAUGACUAAAUUUGCUACGACACACUACAAUUUUACAAGGGGUCUAUUACUCCUAAACUCAAUUUUAGUGUAUUUUUGUCAUCCUUUUUAUCUGAUGUGACGAUUUUGACGUGGACCUCAUUUUUAUGUAAUAAAGAUGUCGUGUCAGCAUAAAAGGGUGACAAAAGUAUACUAAAUUGAGUUUAGAGGGUAAUAACACCCAUGUGAUAUAAGCUUUCAUUUUCCUAUCUUGUAUUCACUUUCAAGUUUUUUCUACUGAUUUUUACUCCAACCAAUUUCAUCUACUUGCUCCAUUCCCCCUCAGCACUCAUUUUCUCCUACCUUUGUUAGAAAAAAAAAAGAAAAUUUGUAGAUUCAGACAUUAGAGGAUCUAGGGAAGACUAUUAGACUAGCCAGUGAAGAAUUACUUAAGGAGAUAGCUAUGGAAUUCUUAUCUACUAUUGUGGAUAAAGUCGCAGAAUACUUGAUACUGCCAGUUGCGCGACAGAUUGGGUAUUUAUUUUCCUAUAGGUGCAACAUCAGAUCUUUAGAAAAUGAAUCUGAGAAGCUGGAGAAUAUCAGAAGCGGGGUGCAGCAAAGAAAGGAUGCUGAAUGGAGAAACUUACAAGUCAUGCCACCCCAUGUUGAGGAGUGGUUAACUAGUGUUGAUGAAACUAAUGCUGAUGUGGCAGUUUUACUAGGACGUAGAGUUGAGGUUGAAAGAGGUUGCAUCUAUGGUUUGUGUCCAAACUUGAAGUCACGUUACUCGCUGAGCAGGAGAGCUAAGAAAAUUGAACAGGCUAUGAUUGAUCUUCAAACUGAAGGCAGAGGUUAUGCUCCUUCCUCCUGUCCAGCACCACUUGCAGUUAAAGUUAUAAAUAGUGGUGAGGAGUUUGACUCCAGAAAACAGAAGGAGGAAGAGGUCAUGGCAGCUUUGGGAGAUGAGGGGAUCACUAUUGUUGGGAUAUGUGGUAUGGGUGGUGUUGGUAAAACAACACUGGCUGAGAAAGUAAGAGCAAGGGCAAAACAAGCAGGGUUGUUUAAUGAUGUUGUCAUGGUAACUGUCAGUCAACAACAAGACUUGAAAAGAAUUCAGGGAGAGAUCGCCAGAGAGGUUGGGCUGACAUCGUUGCAAGGAGACAAUUUGUUAAGUCGUGGAGAUCAGCUGCGCGCAAGGUUAAUGCAGAAGGGAAGUCGCGUCCUUGUAAUUUUGGAUGAUAUUUGGGAGGCUCUUAAUGAUCUAGAGAAACUUGGUAUUCCCAUUGGUAGCGACCACAGCUAUCAGUGCAAAGUGGCAUUGACGACACGCCUCCGAGGUGUUUGUGACGCUAUGGAUGCUCAAAAGAUCGUAGAUAUUGGAAUUUUAUCUGAUGAAGAAGCAUGGGUCCUUUUUAGUCAGAAAGCCGGUUAUUCAGCUGACGAUCCCUCUCUUCCUGAAGUAGCAAAAGAUGUUGCCAAAGAAUGCAAGGGUCUGCCACUUGCAAUUGUUACUGUUGCAAGAGCACUAAAGGGUAAAACCAAGCCUUCAUGGGAGGAUGCGCUUGUAGAAUUACAAAAAGCAGCACCAAAAAAUAUCCCAAGAGUGCUUACAAAGGUGUACCAACCUCUAACAAUAAGCUAUCAUCACUUAGAGAGUGAUGAAGCCAGGUAUGUGUUUUUGCUUUGUUCCUUGUUUGAAGAGGAUAGUAAUAUUUGGACUGAAGAAUUACUUAGAUACGGAAUGGGACUUGACAUCUUUUCAGAACUCGAAAAUUUAGAACAUGCAAGAAAUAGGGUGUGUAAUCUGUUAGAAACAUUGAAAAAUUGUUUCUUGUUAUCCCAAGGUUCAAACAAAAACUAUGUCAAAAUGCAUGAUGUGGUCCGUGACGUGGCUAUAUUUAUUGCGUCUGAGGGUGAGCAUAAAUUUAUGGUAAAUCACAAUAUGAACUCAAACGAGUUCCCAAGAAAAGACUCUUACGAGCAUUACAGUCACAUGUCAAUUGUUGCAAAUAAAUUUGAUGAGGGUCCCAGAGCAAUAUCUUGUCCACGACUGAAGUUUCUGAUGUUAAAACUCCGUUUCGAAGAGGAUUUCAAAUUACAGGAUGAUUUUUUUGAUGGAAUGAGUGAACUCAGUGUCAUAAGCCUGAGUGGAUAUGAUAGAAACUCCAUUCUGCCCUUUCCAUCAUCCAUUCAAAGGUUGUCAAAUCUGAGGACGCUAUAUCUGACUAAUUUAAGAUUGACUGACAUAUCCAUUAUUGGGGAACGUGUCACUUUAGAAAUUCUCAGCAUCAGAUAUUCUUACUUAGAGGAGUUUCCGGUGGAGAUAGGAAACUUGACCAAUCUAACUAUGUUAGAGUAUAGGAAUACUAGUUACAGAAACCGUAUGAGGAUUUCACCAGGGGUCUUAUCAAGACUAGUUCGAUUGGAGGAACUGCAUAUGGUGAGAGUAGAAGAUUGUAGUUACUCCAUCUUGAGGGAACUGGAAUCCUUAUCGAGAUUGACUGCACUGACAUUAGAUGAAUUCUCCGUAGAUGUGAUUUACAGUAACUUGGGCCUUUCCUCCAAGUUGACUCGGUACGCUCUUACAGUGGGUGGAGUCUACAUGGGUACUUCAAUCAUGGAAACUUACGACAAGAUUAUCGCUCUAGAGGUCACCGAGAGCACCCCAUUGGGUGAUUGGAUCCGCCUCCUGUUGAGGAAUAGCGAAUUUGUAUUUUCAAGAGGAAAGGGCUCCAAGAAUGUAGUGGUCGAUUUGCAGAACGUGAAAGAUCUCAGGCUGGUUGAUUGUGAUUCAUUGAAUAUCCACUGUCAGAAUAACAUUCCAUUUCCCAAACUCGAAAGGCUGGAGGUAAGCUAUUGUGAUCACCUACGUCAUCUUUUUCGUGCGUCCUUGGCUUGCCCUGAUGAUGAAGAAGAGGGUAUCUCCCGAAGGACACAUAUCAGACCUGACGUAAUCAAGUUCCCCAAUUUAUAUCACUUGGAACUUGAUGCUCUGGGAUGCUUCACACACUUUUGCAGUGACGCUGUUGAGGGCAUUGAGUUCCCUCUGUUACGGGAAAUGUAUCUCGGGCGAUUAUCAGAGUUCCAAAAUUUCUGGCCAAGAGCCAACAAUGCAAUCACCCACUCAAAUCCUCUUUUUAAUGAAAAGGUUUCUUGUCCCAACCUGGAAGUGCUACGACUUUAUAAGGCUAACAGCAUAACUGCUCUAUGCUCUCACCAACUUCCAACUGCCUACUUCAAAGAACUUGACAAACUGGAAGUAGAUAGUUGUGGAGAAUUGAGAAACUUGAUGUCUCCAUCGGUGGCCAGAGGUCUUCUGAAUCUCCGAACACUAUGGAUACAAGAAUGCCAAUCAAUGGAAGAAGUGAUUACAGAAGAGGAACAACAAGGAGAAGAAAUCAUGUGUAAUGAACCCUUAUUUCCCGGGUUGGAAGAGCUGAAACUUGUCGAUCUGCCAAAGCUGGGGCAUUUCAUUCUAACUAGGCAUGCUCUUGAAUUUCCAUUUCUUAAAGUAGUGGUAAUUUAUGAAUGCCAUGAAAUGAAGACAUUUAUCCAACAGGGAACUGUGAGUACACUGAAUCUCGAAAGUGUGAACAAUGAUGAUGAAUUGAAAGUUAUUGAUCUCAACAAAGCGAUGUUCAAUUCUAAGAUUUCUUGUCCCAUCCUGGAAAAUCUAUCUAUCAAUGCGGCAAACAACAUAACUGCGCUAUGCUCUCACCAACUUCCAACUGCCUACUUCAGCAAACUUAAGGAAUUGACAGUACGGAAGUGUGGAAAACUGAGAAACUUGAUGUCUCUAUCAGUGGCCAGGGGUCUUCUGAAUCUCCAAACACUAUGGAUAGCAGAUUGCCAAUCAAUGGAAGAAGUGAUCACAGAAGAUGAACAACAAGAAGAAGAAAUCAUGACUAAUGAGCCCUUAUUUCCCGUGUUGGAAGGGUUGAAACUCCGAAAGAUACCAAAGCUGGGGCAUUUCAUUCUGACGAAGCGUGCUCUUGAAUUUCCAUUUCUCAGAGAAGUGGAGAUUCGUAAAUGCCCUGAAAUGAAGACAUUUGUCCAACAGGGAUCUGUCAGUACACCGAGUCUAAAAAGUGUGAACAAUGAUGAUAAGGUGAAAGUAGAUGACCUGAAUGAAUGGAUACAUCAGAGGUUCAUUUCUAAGGAACAAGAUGGAAGCGAAUCUGAAGAUUCAAUCGAGUGACGACAGACGCUAAAGUGUUGUCUAUGAAUCCAAAACUAGAAAGGUAAUAAUUAAGUACUCCACGAUAAGUCCAAAGUGCAUCCAAGUUCGCUCGAACAUCGCCUGAUACCUAUAACUCAUGAUGGGAGGUAACAAGCAGAGGUGGGUCUACACUAUAACUCAUGGGAGGUAUCUCUAUUUGUAAUUUCUAGAAAUGAGUUUAUUGCGAACACAAUUACUAUUAUUGUUAUAUUAAACUUGAGGGCCUGUAAGGUUCUAUAAACUUUAAAUUUAGAAUUCUCUUUUGAUUAGUUAUAUUUAAAAUAUAAUAUAUAGCUUUAUUUUCUCAUGAUACUUGCA